AUGCAAGUGCAUGAACCGACCCAUACUACGUCACAGACGAAUACUCUUACUACUAACGCACUCCUCAGAAUUUGGCAGCAGAACGUCAACAAGUCGCUUUUGGCGCAACUGGAUCUCCUGCACUCAGCGUCGCCGGACGACUUCGACAUCCUAGCAAUCCAAGAACCAUACAUCGACCACCUCAAGCUCACGCGCGCGAACCCACGAUGGACAGUAGUGUAUCCAACCGGACACCAUGAUCAAGCGGACAGAACGCUCUCUGUCCUCCUUAUCAACACUCGCAUCUCGUCCAAUGCAUGGCGCCCAGUCGCGGUCCCAUCACCGGACGUCUCCGCGGUCACGGUCAUCUCAUGCGGCCGCACAGUACACAUAUUCAACCUAUACGUGGAUGGAGAACACGACCGGGCACUGCAU